UCUUUAUUUGUAUUAAACAAUAAUUUCAAUCAAUCAAAUCGUGUUUUUGUCUUAUGUACUAUUAGUUAGCGAAUUUAUUAUAUUGCAUACGUAGAGGAUUUUUUGGGGGUUGAAACAAAGUCGGCCGCCGGCUUUGAGCCUUUCUUUCCGGUGGUGUUAGGCGGCAGCCGGCAGUCUGCUAUCACUUUCCAGCAGGGUCUCUCAUUCAUAGUUAACAAAACUCAACACUUGUGGAGUCCAGCAUUUGCCAAAGAAGUAAACAUUGUGGACAACUCAGUCUGUGUGCUUUUUCCUUAAACAAAAUGUGGAGACUUAAGAUUGCCAAAGGGAGUGUUGGAGAUGGUGGGGGAUGGCUAAGGAGUUUGAACAAUCAUGUGGGACGUCAAGUCUGGGAAUUCUGCCCUGAAUCAGGAACCCCGGAAGAGCUUUCUAAGGUGGAAAUGGCUCGUCAGAGUUUUCGGGAUAACCGUUUCCACAAAAAGCACAGUUCUGAUCUUCUCAUGAGAAUUCAGUUUGCGGAGGAGAAACAAUCUGUCACUAAUUUACCACAAACCAAACUGGAAGAGUUUGAAGAUGUCAAGGAAGAGGCUGUAAUGACAACAUUGCGCAGUGCCCUUGAUUUUUAUUCAACAAUACAAGCAGAUGAUGGUCAUUGGCCAGGAGAUUAUGGGGGCCCUAUGUUUCUACUUCCUGGUUUGGUUAUUACAUUAUAUGUUACUGGAGCCUUGAAUACUGUCCUAUCAAAGGAGCAUCAAUAUGAGAUAUGCAGAUAUCUGUACAAUCAUCAGAAUAGAGAUGGUGGUUGGGGUCUUCACAUUGAAGGUCCAAGCACCAUGUUUGGUACUGUGUUAAAUUAUGUUAGCUUGAGGCUGCUUGGUGAAGGUGCUGAAGGUGGAGAAGGGGCAAUUGAGAAAGCACGUGAGUGGAUCCUAGAACAUGGUAGUGCAACUGCAAUUACGUCAUGGGGGAAAAUGUGGCUCUCGGUGCUGGGAGCAUAUGAAUGGUCAGGGAAUAAUCCACUGCCUCCAGAAGUAUGGCUAUGUCCUUACUUUCUUCCUAUUCAUCCAGGAAGAAUGUGGUGUCAUUGUCGAAUGGUGUAUCUGCCAAUGUCGUUUUUGUAUGGGAAGAAGUUUGUGGGUCCUAUCACACCCACAAUUCUAUCCUUGAGAAAAGAGCUCUACACGGUUCCUUACCAUGAAGUCGAUUGGAAUAAAGCUCGCAACGCGUGUGCCCAGGAAGAUCUAUACUAUCCACAUCCUCUGGUUCAGGAUAUUCUUUGGGCAUCUCUCCACUAUUUAUAUGAGCCUAUGCUUAAAUACUGGCCUUGUAAAAGCUUGAGGGAGAAAGCUUUACAGAUUGUCAUGCAGCAUAUACACUAUGAAGAUGAGAAUACCCGGUAUAUAUGCAUAGGGCCUGUGAAUAAGGUCUUGAAUAUGCUUUGUUGUUGGGUGGAAGAUCCAUAUUCAGAGUCAUUCAAACUGCAUCUACCUAGAAUCUUAGAUUAUUUGUGGAUAGCUGAAGAUGGCAUGAAGAUGCAGGGUUAUAAUGGAAGUCAAUUAUGGGAUACUGCUUUUGCUAUUCAAGCUAUUAUUUCUACUGGUCUUGCUGACGAAUAUGGUUCAGUUUUAAGAAAAGCACAUGAUUUCUUAAAAUAUUCCCAGGUGUUAGAAAAUUGCCCUGGGGAUCUAAAUUUCUGGUAUCGUCAUAUUUCAAAGGGUGCUUGGCCAUUCUCAACUGCAGAUCAUGGAUGGCCCAUCUCAGACUGCACAUCAGAGGGGCUGAAGGCUGCAUUAUUACUAUCAACACUACCAGCAGCAACAGCUGGGGAGCCAUUAAAUGUGAUUUGGCUAUAUGAUGCUGUUAAUGUUAUCCUUUCCCUACAGAAUGCUGAUGGUGGUUUUGCAACAUAUGAAUUGACAAGAUCCUAUCAGUGGUUGGAGUUAAUCAACCCUGCUGAAACUUUUGGUGACAUAGUUAUCGAUUACCCAUAUGUUGAAUGUACCUCGGCAGCCAUUCAGGCACUAGCCUCAUUCAAGAAAUUAUAUCCUGAGCAUAGGACAGAAGAUAUUCAAAAUUGUAUUGGUAGAGCUGUGGAGUUUAUAGAAAAGAUGCAAGCAGAAGAUGGCUCUUGGUAUGGAUCCUGGGGCAUCUGCUUCAGUUACGCUGGAUGGUUUGGAAUAAAGGGGCUAUCAGCUGCUGGUAGAACAUACAAGAACAGUUCUCAUAUUCGUAAAGCAUGUGAUUUUUUUUUGUCCAAAGAGCUUGUAACAGGUGGUUGGGGAGAGAGCUACUUAUCAUGCCAGAACAAGGUUUAUACAAAUCUUGAGGGUAACCGGCCGCAUAUUGUUAAUACCAGUUGGACCAUGUUGGCUCUUAUAGAAGCUGGGCAGGCUGAGAGAGAUCCAACACCUUUGCACCGCGCUGCAAAGAUAUUAAUUAACUCUCAAAUGGAGGAUGGAGAUUUUCCUCAAGAGGAGAUCAUGGGAGUGUUCAAUAAGAACUGUAUGAUCAGCUAUUCAGCGUAUCGGAACAUUUUCCCGAUCUGGGCCCUCGGAGAAUAUCAUUGCCGGGUGUUGCAGGCCCCCUGAGAUUAUCCCGCCAUUCAUAAUAUGGUCAGAUGACCUUUUUAUCAUUCACAACAUUUUAUUUUUGUUAAAAAAGAAAACCCAUUUGACAUCAAUGAAAUAUGAAGGCUUUUUGUGGGGGCAAUGUAGGGUUUCGAUUCGAGAACUAGUGUAAUUACAUUACGCUAAAAGAUCUCCUUGUAAAAUUACCCACGAUGUGGUUCGAUUAUAGUGGGUUACAUUUAUGAUCAAAUAUCCCAAAGGUUACAUAUUGACAUCUCAA